CUUCCAUUAACCCUGGCCGUUUCAUCUAUGAUCUAUCGUCUUCCUUACGGACUCGCUGGAACACGCUUAUAAGAAGGAGUGAAUUGCAUGCAUUAGGCUGUCACAGAGGGACUCGCUGGAACAGAACAACAACCUGGUUUUGGAUUUCAAACACACUCAGAUAAAUAAACUUUCCCAGCUUUUCUUUAUCCAAAAGAGCUUCCAUGGAGAAGGGAGAUAUUCCUGAGAAUGCCAAUGACCAUUGCCCAGGUUCUCAAUCUGACUCUGCUGGAAAAUCCGAUGGAUGCCAAGGAUGCCCAAAUCAGCAAACUUGUGCCACUAGUUCCCCCAAAGGACCUGACUCUGAUCUGGUUGCUAUAAAAGAAAGAAUGGCUACUGUGAAACAUAAGAUAUUGGUCUUAUCAGGAAAGGGAGGAGUUGGCAAGAGCACUUUUUCUGCCCAGUUGGCAUUUGCUUUAGCGGCGAAGGACUUUGAAGUGGGUCUUCUUGACAUAGACAUUUGUGGUCCAAGCAUCCCAAAGAUGCUUGGCCUAGAAGGUCAUGAGCUACACCGGAGCAACUUUGGGUGUGAUCCUGUCUAUGUGCAGCCCAACCUUGGUGUCAUGUCAAUUGGGUUUGUGAAUUCUGAUCCUGAUGAUCCUAUUAUAUUAAGAGGUCCACGCAAAAGUUGGCUUAUCACAGAGUUUUUAAAAGAUGUCUAUUGGAAUGAACUUGACUUUCUAAUUGUUGAUGCUCCACCUGGAACCUCAGAUGAACAAAUUUCAAUUGUUAAGCUCCUUGGUGCCACUGGAUUAGAUGGUGCAAUUAUAAUUACUACACCUCAGCAAGUCUCUCUUACUGAUGUGAGAAAAGGAGUGAAUUUUUGCAAGCAAGCUGAAGUGAAAGUUCUUGGGGUUGUGGAGAAUAUGAGCGGGUUGUGCCAGCCCGUGAUGGAUUUCAAGUUUUUGAAGUUGGCAAGUAACGGUGAACAGAAAGAUGUUACAGAGUGGUUUUUGAAAUUCAUGAGAGAAAAAGCACCUGAAAUGGUGGAUAUGAUUGCAUGCACUGAAGUAUUUGAUAGUAGUGGCGGUGGAGCAGUGAGGAUGUGUAAGGAAAUGAUGAUACCAUUUCUCGGUAAGGUUCCUUUAGAUCCCAAGCUUUGUAAGGCAGCUGAAGAAGGUAGAUCCUGCUUUGAUGAUAAGGAUUGUGUUGCGAGUGCUUUUGCAUUAAAGAAUAUUAUAGAGAAGUUGAUGGAAACGGUUGAAAGUGUGCCCUAGGAUGCUUCAGAACUAUUUUUGAUUUAUUUUUAACUAGUCAAAUUUAGAAAAAAUACGAUUAAA